AUUUUGUUGAUACCACACUGCAUGGUCGCCAACAUUCACUUGUCAAACUGCCUCUUAUUUUCAGCAAACAGUUAGAGCUGGCUAGGUGCUAUAGGAAAUUCUCAACUUUGAACUCCAAAUCCUAUACAUCCAGCAUUGUCUCCCAUCAAAACUCCUUAAAUCGGAGACUCAUCUCAACAAUCUCUUCACCAUGCAUACAAAUAGAAGAAGUACGCAUAGACGCAAGUACUGUUACCCUCUCAAACCACCCUAAUCCCGAAAUCUCCUGCUUCUACCAAAAGGGUUUCUCUCAAAUCACCAACGAGGCCCCUGGAAAAGCCUUACACGCUCUAUGCAUUAAAGGGUUAGCCAAUCUAGGUGUAUUUUACAAUAAUACUUUGAUUAACAUGUACUCAAAAUUUGGCUAUAUAUGCCUUGCACGUUACGUGUUUGAUGAAAUGUCUGAGAAAAAUGAAGCUUCUUGGAACCACAUAAUCUCUGCAUAUCUUCAUGCUGGUUUAUAUCGGGAAUCAAUUGGGCUUUUCAACGAGAUGCGGGAUUUGGGAAUUAAGCCUACUGGGUUUGCAUUUGCUAGUUUGGUAACUGCAUGUGAUAGGUCAGGGUGUAUGUUAAGCGAAGGGAUUCAAGUCCAUGAUUUGAUUGUGAAAUUUGGCAUGUUAUGUGAUGUAUUUGUGGGUACAUCGCUUUUGCAUUUUUAUGGAACUUACGGGUUGGCUUUUAAUGCAAGAAGGGUCUUCAACGAGAUGCUAGAUAAGAAUGUUGUUUCCUGGACAGCAUUAAUGGUUGCUUAUUCAGAUUUUGGAGACCCAAUGGAAGUCAUGAAUAUAUAUUGUGAAAUGAGAUGUGAAGGACUGAGCGGCAAUGCCAACACUUUAGCUACUGUAAUUAGUUCUUGUGCAUCACUUGAGGACGAAUUCUUGGGUCACCAAAUCCUUGGGCAUGUUAUAAAGUCUGGACUAGGAACUAAUGUUUCUGUCGAAAACUCUCUCAUAUCAAUGUUUGGUAGUUUUGGGAGAGCUCAAGAGGCUUGCUAUAUCUUUGGCGGCAUGAAUGAACAUGACAUAAUCUCAUGGAACUCGAUGAUUUCUGUGUAUGUGCAAAAUGGGCUUUUUGAGGAAUCACUAAGAUGCUUUUAUUGGAUGCAACAUGUUCAUAACCAUAUAAAUUCCACCACGCUUUCAACUUUGUUAUCAGAGUGUGGUUCUGUGGAUAAUUUAAAAUGGGGUAGAGGAAUUCACUCUCUAGUAAUAAAGUUUGGAAUGGACUCAAAUAUUUGUAUAUGCAAUACUCUUAUAGCAAUGUAUUCUGGUGCUGGGAAAUCUGAACAUGCAGACUUGGUUUUUCAAAAGAUGGCUGAGAGGGAUUUGAUUUCAUGGAAUUCCAUGUUGGCCUGCUACGCUCAGGAUGGGAAGUCCCUAGAUGCCUUGAAAAUCUUUACUAGAAUUUUUCAUAUGAAAAAAGGAGCUAACUUUGUUACUUUUACAAGUGCAUUGGCUGCAUGUUCAGAUCCUGACUUCAUCGCUGAAGGCAGGAUUCUUCAUGCCCUCGUAAUCCUGACAGGCUUACAUGAAAGUCUGAUUGUUAGCAAUGCACUUGUGACCCUGUAUGCAAAAUCUGGCACGACGAUUGAAGCAAAAAAGGUAUUUCAGAUGAUGUCGAGGAGGGAUGAAGUGACCUGGAAUGCACUAAUUGGCGGUCAUGCAAAUAACAGAGAAUCAGAUGAGGCUGUAAAAGCCUUCAAAUUGAUGAGGGAAGAUAUUCCAGCAAGCUACAUUACAAUAGCUAAUGUCCUUGGUGCUCUCUUGGCUCCAACUGAUUUACUGAAACAUGGGAUGCCAAUCCAUGCUUAUACAGUUAUGAUAGGAUUGGAAUCAGAUCAGUAUGUGCAAAAUUCACUUAUCACGAUGUAUGCCAAGUGUGGUGAUCUCAAUUCAAGUAAUUGCAUUUUUGAUGGGUUAAUUAAUAAGAAUGCUGUAGCAUGGAAUACUGUUAUGGCUGCAAAUGCUUAUCAUGGCCAGAUGGAAGAGUCUCUGAAACUUCUUGUGAAAAUGAGACAUGCAGGGGUAGAUUUAGAUCAGUUUAGCUUCUCUGGAUGCCUUUCUGCUACAGCUACUUUAGCAAUGUUGGAGGAAGGCCAACAGCUUCAAAGUUUGGCAGUAAAACUGGGUUUUGACUCGGAUCCUUUUGUCACAAAUGCUUUGAUGGAUAUGUAUGCAAAAUGUGGGGAAUUAGAUGAUGUGCUAAGGAUAAUUCCUCAGCCACUUGAGCGUUCGCGAUUAUCAUGGAAUACGUUGAUAUCAUCUUUUGCCAGACAUGGGAAUUUUGAGAGGGCCAAGGAAACUUUUCAUGAAAUGUUGAAGUGUGGAGUGACACCUGACCAUGUUACCUUUGUUUCUCUUCUUUCUGCAUGUAGUCAUGCAGGCCUAGUGGAGGAGGGUCUGUCAUACUACUAUUCAAUGACAAAGGAAUUUGGUAUUCCAGCAGACAUAAAGCAUUGUGUAUGCAUCGUUGACCUCCUUGGACGAUCAGGAAGACUUGCUGAGGCUGAAGCGUUUAUCAAGGAAAUGCCAGUUCCACCAACUGGUUUUGUUUGGCGAAGUUUAUUGGCUGCUUGUAAAAUCCAUGGCAAUCUUGAUCUUGGGAGGAUAGCUGCAGAGAAUCUCUUCAAAUUGGACCCAUCAGAUGAUUCGGCUUAUGUUCUAUACUCAAAUGUUUGUGCAACAACUGGAAGAUGGGACGAUGUGGAGACUCUUCGGAGGAAAAUGGGAUCAAACAAAAUAAAGAAGAAACCUGCAUGCAGCUGGGUGAAAUUGAAGAACAAAAUCAGUUUAUUUGGAAUGGGGGACCAGUCCCAUCAACAGAGCAGUCAGAUACACGCGAAAUUGGAAGAGCUCAAGAAAAUGAUCAGUGAAGCAGGUUAUAUCCCUGAUACAAGCAAUGCAUUGCAUGAUACAGAUGAAGAACAGAAGGAGCACAAUCUCUGGAACCACAGCGAGAGACUGGCUCUUGCAUUUGCUUUGUUAAGCACUCCUGAAUCUUCGACUGUUAAGGUUUUCAAGAACCUUCGUGUUUGUGGUGAUUGCCAUUCUGUAUACAAGUUUGUAAGUGGAGUUCUUGGGCGGAAAAUCAUAUUAAAAGACCCUUAUCGCUUUCACCAUUUCAGCGGAGGCAAGUGUUCUUGUUCUGAUUAUUGGUGAUAACAGUUAAUUCAUCUCAAGAUUACGACUUAAGGACACAUUUGUUUCUCACAUCACACUAAAAGUAGCUCUUUUUGCCAUUGAUGCAGACAAAUACAGGGAAGUUUAAUACUGUUGAAAUUCUCUGGUUCUUAAUUUUUUUAUUCUUUUAAAAUUUAAAAAUUCUUUUA